AUGUCUAUCUCCAGUCGCAGAAUGACAGACUUCAACCCCAUGGCGUCCGUUGACCUCGCCAUGAUCGAGGAUAGGAUGCGUGCUGCCUCUCUCGACCAACUCCGAGGCUACAACCAGAAUAGCUACGGCGAGGUUCAGCAGUACAAGGCCGUCGAGUACAUUCCGGAGUCACAGGCUCUUUCAUACCAGGUCCUCCGCGAGCCUUCGUGGAAUAGAGGUCUUGGCUUCACGCCCGAGGAGCGUAUUAACAAGAACCUCACCGGAUUAAUACCCCACGUAAUGGAGAGCCUCCAGACGCAGUGCGAACGUGCCAUGAGGAUGAUUGCCACGCGCCAGACCAACAUCGACAAGUAUCUGUAUCUGUCGAGCCUCAAGGACCAGAACAUGGACCUCUUCUACCGCCUUCUCAUUGAUAACGUUCGGGACCUCAUGCCCCUCGUCUACACCCCCACCAUCGGCGACGUCUGCCUGCAGUACUCGACUCUCUAUACCCGCCCCGAGGCCCUCUACAUUUCCAUCAAGCAGAGGCGGUCUAUUCGCACCAUGCUUAGGAAUUGGCCUUAUCCCAACCCUGAGAUCUGCGUUGUCACUGAUGGCUCUCGUAUUCUCGGUCUCGGCGACCUUGGUAUCAACGGUGUCGGCAUCUCUAUCGGAAAACUUGCCCUCUACACUGCCGCCGCUGGUAUCCACCCCUCCAAGACUCUUCCCAUUGUCCUCGAUUCUGGCACCGCCAAUGAAACCAACCUGAAGGAUCCGUUUUAUUUGGGUCUGCGUCAAAAGCGGGCCCCUGUUGCCCUGCAACAGGAGUUCAUGGAUGAGUUUAUGUCGGCUGCGGCCGAGGUGUUCCCCGAGAUGGUUGUGCAAUUCGAGGACUUCGAGUCCGAGAAGGCCUUCAACUACCUGGACAGGUACCGGAACCAGUACAAGUGCUUCAACGAUGAUAUUCAGGGAACCGGCGCUGUCGUCCUCGGUGGAUACAUUGGUGCCGUAAAUCUCUCGGGCGUCCCUCUCGAGGAGCAGCGCCUCGUGUUUAUGGGAGCCGGUUCGGCUGGUGUCGGUGUUGCUAAGCAGCUGGUCGAGUACUACACUCGCCGCGGCCUCUCCGAGAGGGCUGCUCGGGAGAAGUUCUGGCUCGUUGACACCAAGGGCCUCGUGACCAAAGACCGCGGCGACAAGCUCGCCGAGCACAAGAAGUACUUCGCCCGCGACGAUAACAACGGUCACCAGUUCCGAAGCCUUGAGGAGGUUAUUGCAUACGUGAAGCCCAGCGCCCUCAUCGGUCUCACUGCCACGUUUGGCGUCUUCACCGAGUCCGUCGUCCGCGCCCUCAAGGCUUCGGUUGAUGCUGGUGGCCUCGGUCGCCGCCCCAUCCUCUUCCCCCUUUCCAACCCCCUCACCAAGGCCGAAUGCACGUUUGAGCAGGCCGUGCAGUGGACCGACGGCACCUUCGGCGAGUCUGUCGUGCAGUACAACCCUAACCAGGGUAACAACGUGUACGUCUUCCCCGGUCUCGGUCUCGGAGCCAUUCUCUCCAAGGCUACCCGUGUGACGGAUGAGAUGGUGUACAUUUCGGCCGACGCCCUUGCUGGCUGCCUCAACGCCGAGGAGGUCCACCAAGGCCUGAUCUACCCCAAGAUCGAGCGCGUGCGUGACGCCUCGCUUGUUGUUGCCCGGGAGGUCAUGAAGGCGGCGCGCCGCGAUGGCGUCUCUGCUUUGCCUGAGUCUCAGUGGGUUGAGUGGGAGGAGUGGGGCGAUGUUGCCCUCACCCAGUAUAUCAAGGAGAGGAUCUACGACCCUGUCUCUUUUGGCGGCAAGGGUCGUCUUUAA